CAAAUUCAUUCGAUCAAACCGAGCCCAUUGCCCUUGCCCCCCAGCCGCGCAAACGUGAGCGCGACUUGGCAGGCGUGCUCGUCCGGUCUUCGUCCUGGUUCCCUGUGCCCCCACUGUUCCAGCAUCAGAUAUUCAGAUCAGAUCGAUCAGACCAGAAAGUUUGCGCUCGUCUGCUUGGUAAAGGAAAGGAGAAGUUUCCGAAAUAGGGGCGGCGCGCCGGGCGCAUUUUGGUUGCUGGAUUGGAACCGAGCGAACGCGCCGGAGUCCGGAUGGGCUCCUCGUCCGCUCCGGCGGCCGCGGCCGCGGCCGCGCCGAGCCGGCGCAAGGUGGCGCUCUACCUGGCCCUCCUCACCCUGCAGUACGGCGCCCAGCCCCUCAUCUCCAAGCGCUUUGUCCGCGAAGAUACUAUAGUGACCUCACUAGUUCUUGCAACGGAAGCAGCAAAGGUUAUUUGCGCAAUCAUUUUAUUGAUUGCAGAGGGUAGUCUGAAAAAACAGUUCAGUAACUGGACUCUCACUGGAUCACUGACUGCGUCUGGACUGCCUGCUGCCAUUUAUGCCCUCCAGAAUAGUCUGCUGCAAGUAUCAUACAAGCAUCUGGAUUCCUUGACCUUUUCAAUCCUUAACCAGACUAAGCUUUUGUGGACAGCAUUUUUCACAUUUCUUAUUUUGGGGCAAAAGCAAUCUUCCAGGCAAGUUCUAGCAUUGGCCCUCUUAAUUGGUGCUGCCGUUCUUUUAAGUGUUGGGGAGAGCAGUAGCAAAGGUUCCAAGGGUGGUGGCUCUGACUAUAUCUUGCUAUAUGGGAUCAUUCCAGUUACAGUCGCUUCUGUGCUGUCUGGGCUGGCCUCUUCAUUGUGUCAGUGGGCAUCUCAGGUUAAAAAACAUACCUCUUAUAUGAUGACCAUAGAGAUGUCAUUUAUUGGAAGUAUGUGCUUGUUAGCAAGUACCUAUCGCUCACCAGAUGGAGAGGCCAUCAGGAAAUAUGGAUUUUUCCAUGAAUGGACUUUCUGGACUGUGCAAAAGCUGCAAUGGAUCUUCAUUGAUGUGUGGGAUCCUAAUCACCAUUCUUUACCUCAGAUACCGGUAUUAAUGAAUGCCGUGGGUGGAAUUCUUGUUGGUCUUGUCACAACUUACGCAGGUGGCGUUAGAAAGGGUUUUGUUAUAGUUUCAGCUCUCCUUGUAACUGCACUGCUACAAUUUAUAUUUGAUGGGAAGCCACCGUCACUCUACUGCCUGAUAGCAUUACCACUUGUCGCGUCAAGCAUAUUCAUCUACCAAAAACAUCCAUAUGUUGAUAGGAAGAAGAAAGACUGAUCCACAUAAUUGUCAGAGACGGGAAUUAUCAACAGGAUGUGAUCCUAACCUCAUUUUCUCCACAAGGCUGGAAUUUGCACCGUCAAGGGGACCAAAUUUGACUCUUGAAGAGUUGCUGUUCGUCAAGCUAUGUUUCAAUUAUCUACUGAUCUAUAUAUAUAGAAUUAAUUAGUAGGACACUAGCCUGGAAUCAGUUUCAGCAGGCAGUUGACAAGCUUGCAUAUAACUUCUCGAAGGAGGCUUCGUAUCAAUGAUGAUGAUGAAGUGUUUCCAUGUGCAGCUAUCUAUACUUGUACGGUUGCUGAAUCUAUUGUAUUUUUUAUGGAUUUCUAUUUAGAUUCCGACUUUCGAAUAUAUAUUUCUAUGAUGGCAGCAAAUUAAAAACCAAUUAUUGUGUGCCGGA